AUGGGGGUCAAGAAGCCGCAGCCGGCGCCGGAGAAGCCAAAGCCGGAGCCGCAGGUGCUAGUGCCGCCGGUCUUCGACUUCCCUCCCUUGGCCGCCCGCACCAGGAUGUUGGUGCCGGCAUAUGAGCUCAUGUUCGGAAAGCUCGCGCGACGCAGCCUCUUUGAUGACUACCUCCAUUCUGGGGGCGUGGAUGCGCAGAUUGUGUUGAAGCAGCUGGGAGAUUCUCAUGCUGAUCUCACUGCCACUAUGUCUACAAAUGGGGGGGAAGCUCACUUUCGAUGGCAGAGGGAUUUGAAAGAUCCCAAUACGUUUGUGGACUUUCUUGUGUCGACUUCAAAGCCCACAAUGCGGCUGUCUUCAAGCAUUUACUAUCCGAAGUAUCGUAUUGGCGCCUUUGGGACAUUCCCUUUGAAUAUGGCAAACAGGGCAUGCCCAGAAGAUUAUGGUGUCAUGGGUUUAAGAUAUGGUUCAGAGAAUCUAUCAAUUGGGGCCUCCUUCGUCCCAUUUCCUUCGCCUGGUGAGGUACCCUAUGGUGCAUGGUUGGUUGGGAGAAAAGGGAAUUUAAGUGCAGGCGUACAAUACAAACCAAUAGGUGGAAGCAAGCAUCCUAUGCCUUUUACUGACUUGAUGAACUGGAAUUGUGCAAUCGGUUAUGGUGUAGGCUCAAGUAGCCCACUCAGCCCUUCAUUUAAUUUUGCACUAGAGCUUGUUAGAAGUUCGCAGCUGGUUGCAUCGUUCUAUCAACACCAUAUUUCUGCAAAGGUACUAAAUUAUCGGGGUGGAGAUGAAACUUUGAACUACAUUGAUCUUGGACUUGAGCUAGCCACAAGGGUGGAUAAAGACAAACCAACAGAUGAUGCUGGCAAUUCAUCGUUUCAGGUAGCUGCAAGUUGGCAGCUUCAUACAGAUUUACUUGUAAAGGGGAAAUUAGGCCCUUCGAAAUCUUCUGCAGCAUUGGCGUGUAAGUUUCCACCCUUCUUUACAUGUAGUAUCACAGUUGAAAAUGAUCAUUCGAAAGGUACAAGAUCGUAUGGGUUGGGAAUUCGUGUUGAGGAUUUCAGAGAAGCCAGAUACCAAACACUUAAUCGAGAGUGUACGGUCUUGAAACAACAUGAGAUAGACGUUGAUGGGAAGAAGCGCACCCUCGAGUUUGACUUUGGUCCAGGCAACUAUGACAAUUUACCAACGGAGUUGAAACCUAUUGACAAAGUAUUGUAA